GCGUGUCCUUUCCCGAUCAGUGAAAACGGAUAAUUGUGUCGGUGUCCGCCGGUUUGAGGAUUGAGAAAACAAGUGAGUCGAGACGGAAGUAACUGAGGGAUCGAAGCAUGGACGUUACCAGUGGAAUGAGGCCCAUCUUCGGAGGAUAUCCGUUUCAAGGGCAAGGUCGCAUGAAUCAAUUGGGCGGCGUCUUCAUCAACGGCCGGCCUCUCCCAAAUCACAUUCGCUUGAAAAUCGUCGAAAUGGCAGCGGCUGGGGUGCGUCCUUGCGUGAUAUCGCGGCAGCUCCGCGUUUCUCACGGCUGCGUAUCGAAAAUUUUGAACCGCUACCAGGAAACCGGUUCCAUCAGGCCGGGCGUGAUUGGCGGCAGCAAGCCGAGGGUAGCCACCCCUGAGAUCGAGGCGAAGAUCGAAGAAAUGAAGAGGGACAAUCCUGGGAUCUUCUCGUGGGAGAUCAGGGAGAAAUUGGUGAAGGAAGGUUUCUCGGAUCCUCCAAGUGUCAGCUCCAUCAGCAGGUUACUUCGUGGAGGACGACCUGGUGAUGAUGGAAAGAAGGACUACACCAUCGAUGGUAUAUUGGGCGGUGGUCGUUGCGGCGAUGAAUCCGAUACAGAGAGUGAACCUGGUAUUCCUCUGAAGCGAAAGCAACGAAGAAGCAGAACAACAUUCACCGGAGAACAGCUGGAACAAUUGGAGACCGCGUUCCAGCGUGCUCAGUAUCCGGACGUUUAUGCUAGAGAGGAAUUGGCUCAGAGGACUGGCCUUACAGAAGCAAGAAUUCAAGUGUGGUUCAGCAAUCGCAGAGCACGACUACGAAAACACGCAGGAAGUAUAGCUCACUCGGUAACGGGAUUACCAUUGACACCCUGUCAAUACGCGAGCCACGAACUUGCACAAAUACCACAGGUAUCUCAAAUGCCACCAGCAAUAACUCAAGUACCAACCACGUUACACCACAGUCCAACGACACUGCAACAAGCGAGUGCAGCUGUUCAUCAAGUUCCAGGGGCCAAUGCGCAGAUACCUAACACCACGUCCGUGGCUCAAGUGCCUUCCACGAUCAGCAGUGCUCUUCAAGGACACGCAGUGUCGAUUUCAGGACAUCUAAGUUCCUUACAGGGACAUACGAUGCAACUGGGACAGAUACCAACGAUUCAACCUCCUGCUGCACAUGGGGCACCGACGACUAUCUCUCAUAACCCUGGCAACACCGAUUGGUCCAGGGCGCAACUCGGUUGGGGACAGUUCAAUCACUUCCAAAGUGAAUACACGUCGAGUCAUUCGAGUCAUCAGCAUUCCUCGCACGCGAGUCAUGCUGCUACAUCGUCCUCUGGUACUGGGAAUUCUGCAUCGGCGGCGGAAUGGUACGAUCAGGGCUACGAUUAUUCCCAACACGCUCAGUUGAACUAUCAUCGAAGCGUGGGCGGCAUAUUUUAACGGACGAUGAUUGCAUGGGCAUUAGUAAAAGUUGGAUUAUCGAUCGACGUUUCAUUCCGCAUGAUGGCUUUCGUUUCUUGCAAAACUUUCCGGUUCUCCGCCCAUUUUCUCGGCAAUUCUUCUGAGCAGUCGAGAUGUCUCAAUGAACCUGAAGAUCAGAAGGGAAAAAUGUAAGACGUAGGACAGUUUUAAAAUUCAGUAUGAUGACUUUUUAAUAGAGUAAAUAUUUAGAAAAUAUUAAUUAAUAUUUGGUUCCCUAACAUGACUGAUAAUAGA